CUCUCAUCCAAUAUGGCCGCCGACUUCCCACUUCCGUCAAUGACAGGAGAAUUUGCCGGGAUAUUCCGCCUGAUCUUCGCUCAAUUCUACACUUUUACAGGCUAGAUGUAGCAGGCCCCACCCCCCAGUCCCAACCAUGAAUAUAAUGCGGAAGUUCAUGGGCCGUGGCCGCCCGGCCGGUGAUGAUGCCCCCACGCAGGACAACUCCCUGGGGCUGAUGCACCUGAGAAGACUGUUCAUGGAGCUCUGCCACUCACCCACAGCUAUGUCACAGACUGAACAGGAGGACAAACUAUACAUGAUGUUACCUCUCUUCUGUAAGGUGUUUGGGAAUGCGUCGGCCACAGAGAUGACAGAAAAGUUUGGAGACAUCCUGCAGUUCAGCAGCCACUGUGGCAGACUGAUGGUCAACGAGAUCAGGAGACGAGCAUCCAACAAGUCUACAGAGGCUGCGAGUUGUUCUAUUGUCGAGUACUUAGAGAUUAAAACUGUGGAGGAGACCAGCUGUGGAUGGAUGUUACUCACCAGUCUCAACCUGCUGGCUGCAGGAGGAAAGGAAAUUGUUGACUGUAUGACGGCCCAGUCUCUGCCUUCCACCCUGGUCAAGUGUCUCUACCUGUUCUUUGACCUUCCACCUGUGACCCCUGACCCCCCACUGUCACCAGAAACAGAGGUCACAGGCAAUGAGUCAGAGUUCACCCCGUACGAGAGAAGAGUGUUGUUGCAGAAAGUAUUUGUGCAGUUACUAGUCAGGCUGUGUAGCCACGUGUCCCCAGCAGAGGAACUAGCCCAGAAGGAUGACCUGACACUGUUGUUCAGUGCUAUUACCAGCUGGUGCCCACCUCACAACGUUCCGUGGAGAAAGAGCGCUGCAGAAGUCCUCAUGACCCUGUCCAGACAUGGCCUGAGUGAUCCAGUGGUCAACUACAUCCACUCUAAACAGUGUGUAGCCCUGUGUGUGGACAACAUGCAGCGGAGUCAGGAGUUGUCGCCGCUGGAGAUUGUGGAGAUGUUCGUCACCGUGUUCUGUUUCCUGAAGGACUCCAGCGAGGUGUCUCAGACCCUCCUGGAUGACUUCAGGUCAUCACAAGGGUACAACUUCCUGGCAGACUUUCUCCUCAGACUUGAACAGACGACUCAGGAGGAAGCGAGAGAGGCUCUGCGUAACCUCGUCCUCCUGGUGUCAUCUCUGUCCAUGUGUGGGUACCUGGAGCUGAAGCCUAGCACUGCCAACAGUGGAGCUCCCUUCCAGCAGCCUGGCUUCACUGUGCCACAACCUACAGGACAAGGUGUGAGCGUAAGAAACAUCCAAGCUUUCCAAGUGCUUCAGACAGUUUUCCUGAAGGCCACCUCCUUACAUCUUCUCAACACUGUCCUGGACGUAGUCUACAGUAUAUACCAGUCAGACAAUGCCAACUACUUCAUACUGGAGCCACAGAACACACUCUCACAAUUCGGAGAGAAAUUGUACCUUAAACAGCCAGAAAUACAGCUGAAGUUCUUUGAGAUUAUAGAGUUCAUCGUGUUCAACUUAAACUAUGUGCCCUGCAAGGAGCUGAUCAGCCUUAGUAUUCUCAUUAAGUCCAACAACUCAAUAGAUAGCAGCAUCACAGCCAUGCAGAGCUUGCUGAAAAUUCAGGCACACUCCACCAUCUACAAAGACGUGUACAGAGAGGUGGGCCUUCUGGACGCUAUGGUGUCUAUACUCAACAGAUAUGCAGGCAUGCUGAAGGAACGCAUGGGGCAGCCUGUGGAAGAAGGUCAGUCCAUCCAGCCAGUAGAAGUCCCAGAAGAAGAGGAGCGGUUGGCGUUCCUCGUGAUGGACACCCUCGUCCUGGUCCUGAAAAACAACUCCACCAACGCAGGGGUCUUCAGAGAAUGUGGGGGUGCCCGCUGCGCACAUAACCUGGUGCCGUACAUACAGUGUCGUCAGCAGGCACUAGCCCUGGUGCAGCAGCUAGUCCUGUCCAGCGGGGGGGAUGACGAUAUGGGGACCAUUCUGGGCCUGAUGCACACGGCCCCGCCCUCGGAACUACAACUCAAGGCAGAUAUUCUCAGGGCGCUGCUGUUCGUACUGCGAGAGAAUCACCGAACGCGCACGGUUUUCCGGAAGGUGGGCGGGUUCGUGUACGUCAUGUCUGUGCUGGUGUCCAUGGAGGGCUGCCUGGCACAGCCUCCCUUAGGGGAGUGGGGGAAAGUGGACCCACUGUUGGUACAAAACCUUCUGCACACCGUGUUCCACACCCUGACUGCUGCCAUGCGCCACGAGCCAGCCAACGCUAAAUUUUUCUCCACCGAAGUCGGCUACUCCAGUCUUGCUGAAGCCAUUAGAUUACUGGGCUGCUUCUCCCCAAACACUGAACUACCGAGGGAAUACGUCGACCCCUCUACCGGGCGACCGCUCACGCCGAGCGAAAGACCGCCGUUUAGUCACUCUUUCAACGACGAGGAUGAACUCUUAUUGGCGGUGGUUCCGCAAAGAUUGCUGUCCGCGUACGGCAUGUUCCGACAUCUGUACCUGAUGGCGAUCGAUUCGUACGACAGUCGGGCGCCGCCGUCCAGACCGACGUCCCCGAGUGUCGUCGCGACGUCGCCGGUCCACAAGAGACCGACCAGAUCCGCCCCUCCCUCCCCGCUACACCGACAGGUUCCUACCACACCUUACAGGUCCCAACAUUCUCAGUACAACCUGCGUACCCAGUCCCCCCAGCAUGGUGUAUACGGCCGGGAGCAGCCCAACAUUGUACAUGCUGGAGCCAUUCUUGCCAUGGUGGACCUCAUCCCCUCCAUAACCUCGGAGGAACAUGCACAGCUUGCCCUAGACCUCCAGCUGCACAUAGCAGACGUUAUCCAGUGGUUAGUGAAGGUAGAGAGAAACCAGCAGGUGAUGUGCAACUCUGGCCUGCCCUGCCACCUACUGAAGGUCUGUAACAUUGCAUUUGCCAAGGAGGAGCAUCUCCUGCAUCAGCCUCUGCAGAGAACGUACGAGAGACUGGCCUCACAGGCUCUGGAACCCAUGGACCUCAGGGAGUUCUUGAGACUGGGAUCUCCCUUGUGCUGUGAUCCGUGGGACGAAAAAUUCAACCAAGCGGACCAGAAGGAAAAGGAGGAGGACUCCCAGAGCCUUGUGUCGGAAAACGACUCUGUGUGUAAUGGUGACCUGGCGUUGUUGUCUGAUCCUCGGGUUAUUAAGACCACGCCCAAUCUACUAAAGGCAGGCGGUGACGCCGUGCCCCUCACCAGAGUCAAGUGUCUCGUUUCCAUGACGACCCCACGUGAUGUCCGCCUGCACGGCGCCGCGGUCAUGCCGGCGUUUGUGGAAUUCGAUAUGGGCCCGGAGGGAUUUGGGUGCUUGUACAUGCCAAACAUAGCCCCCCAAGGCCCCCCAGCUGCCUCGGUUAUCGGCGUGACGACAGUGGGUGGACCUGGAGAUGCCAACAUUGUGUGUGGCAUCGGAACAGGUGACCGCUUGUUCCCACCCCUGUCAGGACUCACCUUCUCAGCCUGGGUGUGCAUUGACCGCUACAGCUCCCCUCUAGCUGACCCCCACCCCGUCCGCUUACUGACCCUGGUGCGAAACGUGCUGGGGACUGACCUGCACUACGUCUGUCUGUCUGUCAACAUCAGCACCAGGGACAGGAACAUCAUAGUCAGCACACAGGAGGAGCUACUGCAGUAUAUUGGUUCAGAGGAGGCCCUGGAGCCGCGGAACGCUCUAGCAGACGUCCCUUCCGUGGUGCGUUUCUGGUGCCCCACGCUGGCGGACGAGGGCCAGUGGCACCACAUCGUACUGGUUCUGAACCGCGCGGUGCUGAAGAACAGCACCGCCGCGCUGUACGUGGAUGGGAAACACAUCGGGACCCAGAAGCUGCACUAUAUCCAUAACUAUCCCGGAGGGGGGAGCAACCCCAACCCUACAGCCAUCACCUCCACAUACAGCUACAUCGGAACUCCUCCUGCUCUCCAUCGCCACUCCCGGCUGCUAUGGAGACUAGGCCCUGCCCACAUGUUUGAGGAUGUUCUGGCCAACAGUGCCAUCCACACCAUCCACAAGCUGGGGCCAAACUAUGUCGGCAGCUUCCAGGCACCACACAUCUAUGGUACGAAGGCGGAUGUGUCCGGUUCCCUUAUCCCUGAGGAUAGGAUCAUGUUUGGUGUACAUGCUCAUGCCCUGACAGCGCUCACUAUCAACAAGAUCAGAAAGGCAUACAACAAGGUUGACAGUAAGGCCAUUGCCAAACAGUUGGCUCUCCAGUCGCAUGAGAAUGCCACCCCGGUCAGGAUCAUCCACAACUCUGCAGGCCAUCUGAGCGGCCCGGCUAGAACUCUGGGGGCUGUGCUGCUGGGGUAUCAGGGCGUGCGGACCUUCUGCCCACGCUCAGUAGCCAGCAUGCUGGAGAACGUCGGGGGCACGGCCGCGCUGCUGGGUCUCAUCGCCAUGGCAACGGACGUGGAGGGUCUGUACGCGGCCGUGAAGGCGCUGGUGUGCGUCGUCAGGAGCAACCGACGUAGCAUGGAGAGCAUGGAGAGAACCAGAGGAUACCAGAUUCUUGCUAACCUGCUGAAGAACAAGAAGCAGUUGUUGAACAGCCACAUCCUUCACCUGACGUUUUCCCUGGUGGGGACUGUGGACAGUGGCAGGGAGUCCACCAUCAUCCCCAACAGGACGGCCUUCCAGGACCUGCUCUGUGAUCUAGAGGUCUGGCACAAUGCUCCAUUCGAUCUGCAGAAGUCUCUGUUUGAGCACUUUAUAGAGCUCCUCACAGAAUCAAGUGAGAACAGCAGUAACGCCCAGCUGAUGAUCGAGCUGGGGAUGGUGAGUAAACUGCUGCACACCCUGCAGGACCGCUCUCUGUCCCAGACUACUGUGGACUCUGUGGCCAUGGUGCUGGCACUGCUGCUGCAGGGGUCACUCAAGAGCUCCGACCUGCUCAAGUUUGGCCAGUUUUUGGUUUCUACCCUGCCUACAUUCUCAGUGAGUGAACGAAACAUCACCAUGGAGAACCUGGUAGAUGCUGCCAUGGGUCUGUCAGAGAGCGACUACAGCGGGCUGGUGUCGGCCAAAAGUGUCCGGCUGAGGAACACACUACUGGAGCUCCUGUAUGGGCUGCUGCAUACCUCAUCAGGGCAAACUGUCAAUCAACAAUUUUGUGAAGAAGUCCAGAGAGCUCUGGGCUUUGAUUGGCUGCUUCUCUUCAUGCAAGGCCAUCUCCACCAAUCAACAGUCAUCAUCGCCGUUCGAAUCCUGUGUGUGUUGCUUAGCAACCAGGCAACCGUUACUAAGUUCCGAGAAGGUGGACUGGGAGGGGGAGGAUGGCUGGAUGAGACAGAACUCAUCCUUCACAAUAAGGGAGCAGUGCAGCUUCUGGGUUUUAAUGUGGGUGCUGGACCGAGUAAGUCUCAGAACAGGGAGAUAAACAAGGAGGCCUGUCAGCUCCCCGGCUUCAUGGUCCUCCAGUGGCUGCUGCCUAAACACGCUCACAUUCCUGAACUCUACUUCAUCCUCAUGGCACUACUACUGGGGCAGUCUGCACGCAAACCACCAAAAAACCCUCAGUUUGACCUUGACUCCAUCUGGACGUACAUAUUUGGUGUUCCUGCCAGCCAAUCAGCUGGCUCCAUCACUCCUCAGCAGCCGAUGUGUCCUGACGCCGUCAUCGUGAUCCUGUCCAUGGUCAGGGCCAUGUUCAACCAGCCGUGGCAAAUGGAGGACGAAGGUUCGUGGGUGCGAGAAUACCCUGUGACCCUGCUACAGUUCCUGCUCUUCCUCUACCACAACAACCCCGACUUCGUCCCCCUGUGCCAGAGUCCAGACUUCCUGUGUGCGCUGGCUGCCACGCUCUUCCCGCUAACGGCCAGGCCAUACUCAGAACUGGUGAGUGAGCCAGAGAGUGAGAUGGCAUCCCCAGCAGAGUCCAGUGAAGAGUACAAGUCCUUUCCUGAGUACAUGGUGGCCAGCAAGAGCUCGGACUCAGUCAGCACUGCAGCUAGAGGUGGAGACUGGAUGCGCUACUCCUGGAGAAAUGGACUAGGAUCCAUGCCCAGCCUGACCACCCACCCGGCCAGGAAGUUUGUGAUGGAUUUUGUGCGGAUCAUCAUCGUGGACAGCCUGGCCCACCCCACCAACAGGGGCACUCCGGUGGUAGACCUGGUCUUGGAGGCAUCCCCCGAGCGAGCGACACAGACCCAGCAGCGUGACUUCCAGACGGAGGUCCUGACGACGCUCAUGGACCACCUCCUGGCAGCCGACGCCCUGCUGGGCGACCAGGCGGCUCUUCCCUUGGCUGCAGGUGGCAGCUACAACGCUCUGGUCUCCAACGUCUUCCACUUCGCAUCAAGGGUCGUGGACAAGUUAUGGCAAGGUGUCUACAACAAAGAUGCCAAGGAGGUCUUUGAAUUUAUCGUCCAACUCAUCUCCCAGGCCAAGAGGAGAGCCCAUGGUAUGAGCCUGGAUCCGAUCUACCACUGCCUGAACAGAACUAUCCUGUAUGAGCUGUCCAGACCAUCCUCAACUAUAGCUGAACAAACCGCUAUCCUGGAUGCGUUACACCGCCUCACCAACAACCGUAGUCUCGUGUUCGGACCCGGGAACUACGAGCAGGAUUUCAUCGGCUGCCUGUGUUACUGUCUGAUUCAGCUGACCAGUGACGCCGGUGACCUGUGUGUAACCAUGGAACCUGGCCGCAGAACCACGUGGCAUGUGGAGCUGCCCGCGGACACCUGGGUGGACGUGUCGCACCACAAGUCCUGCCUGCUGGACGACAAGGCCCACCCGCCGGCCGUGCAGCGCUCCAACAGCACCUCCGAGGCACAGCAGCUGCUUGUCAAGGCUGCCAACAGGAUAUGGAGCGAGCUACUGGUCACUAAAAAAGCUACUAUAGAGGAACUGUUCAAGCUGACCCUGCCCCACUACAAUGCUACUCCUGAUCUGCAGUCUGUGAAAAUGAUGCUUCUUGAACCUGCUUCCAAAGUUUGGAAGUUAUAUGUGGAUGGGGAGAGAAGGAACUGUAGCAAGGAACAAGAAAAGCAUCAGUCGAAGCUGCAGAAGAUGAGCAGUGGUCUGUCCCGUCUGGCCAGCCGUAAAGCCAGACGUGAUGCCAGUCAGGUCAAGAUUGUUCCAUCCUCCAUGCAGGAGGUGAACGUGUGGAACUUCACCCACGUAGCGGUGGUGCGGGACCUUGUGGAACUGAGGUACAAACAGUACCAGCAGGCGCAGCACCACAUGCAGAAGUACGUGGAGGAACAGUGGAACCAGAUGGAGCUGGAGCUGACCCGGGAGCGUGGACUGUGGGGCCCCCCGCUCGGCUCGCAUCUGGACAAGUGGAUGCUGGAGAUGACAGAGGGGCCGUGUCGCAUGAGGAAGAAACUCUGCUGCAACGACAUGUUCUAUAUCCACUACCCACACCGGCCAGAGGGGCCUAACAACCCGAAACCGUCCAAGUACAAGGCUGCGAUCAGCCUGGACAGUAAGGAGUACUACAAGCGGUGUCAGGCGGAGGGGCGACUGGAGCACAUGGAACCGGACGAGAACGGGACAGACACCGACUCACAGCUGGACGCUUCCAUCGACGUCACGGACGCUGACGUCAGCAAAUCUGGUCUGAAGCCCUCCAAGUCGCCUUACGAUGCAGAUGAGGACGACACAGAGAGUACCCAGUCCACAGACAGUACUGCCGAGGAGACAGACAAACCCAACAACCAGACCAUAGUCAGACUGCUGGAGGAAGGCGAGAAGAUCCGGUACAUGUUCCGAUGUGCGCGAGUCCAGGGACUUGACACGUGUGAGGGGCUGCUGCUGUUCGGCAGGGAGCACUUCUACGUCAUCGACGGAUUCACGCUCCUCAGGACACGCGAGAUCAGCGAUAUCGACGGAAUCCCUCCAGGACUGCAUGACCCAAUCAUCCCCAGAACCACCAGGUCUUCAGGACAACCCAGCCAGAUGAAGAGAAUGUGUAGUAAGUUUGCGUAUGAAGACAUCCGUGAGGUCCACAAGCGCAGAUACCUGCUGCAGCCGAUCGCUAUCGAGGUGUUCUCCAGCGAUGGCAGAAACUACCUCCUGGCACUGCCCAGGGGCAUCAGGAACAAGGUUCACCAGAGGUUCCUGUCCCAUUGUGCAGCUCUAACAGACAAUGCCAAGGAGUCGGUGUCGGGCCAGAAGGCCAAUGCUAAGGUGGAGCAGGGCUCCACCCUUCUGAGCCUGAUAGGAGAGAAGACAGUGACCCAGCGUUGGGAGAGGGGAGACAUCAGUAACUUCCAGUACCUCAUGCACCUCAACACCCUGGCAGGGAGGUCUUACAACGACCUCAUGCAGUACCCUGUCUUCCCCUGGGUGCUAGCAGACUAUGAGUCUGAGGAACUUGACUUGAAUGAUCCUAAGACAUUCCGGGACCUGUCCAAGCCUAUGGGAGCUCAGACAGAGGACAGACUCAAACAGUUCCAGAAGAGGUACAUGGACUGGGAGGACCCACAAGGAGAGACUCCACCCUACCACUACGGCACACACUACUCCUCAGCGAUGAUCGUGGCGUCCUACCUGGUCAGGAUGGAACCCUUCACCCAGCACUUCCUGCGCCUGCAGGGCGGCCAUUUUGACCUUGCGGACAGGAUGUUCCACAGUGUGAAGGACGCCUGGAUGUCGGCCUCCAGACACAACAUGGCCGACGUGAAGGAGCUCAUCCCAGAGUUCUUCUACCUUCCCGACUUCCUGCUCAAUAAAAAUAACUUUGACCUAGGUGUGAAACAGAGUGGAGUAAAGCUAGGAGACAUCCUCCUGCCACCCUGGGCUAAGGGAGACACCAGAGAGUUCAUCAGGGCACAUAGAGAGGCCCUGGAGUCAGACUACGUGUCAGCACACCUGCACGAGUGGAUUGACCUGAUCUUCGGGCAGAAGCAGCAGGGAGAGGAGGCCAUCCGCGCUACCAACGUGUUCCAUCACCUGUUCUACGAGGGCAGGGUGGACAUCUUCAGUAUCAACGACCCGCUCAAGAAGAACGCUACCAUCGGGUUCAUCAACAACUUUGGGCAGAUCCCCAAACAGCUGUUCAAGAGGCCCCACCCUCCCAAGCGAGCGCGUAUGUUCCGCAGCGUGAGUUACAACAACGACGGCAUGCCCGUCGUCACCAACAACCCACAGGACAGGAUCUUCUUCCACAACCUGGACAACCUCCGACCCAGUCUGCAACCUAUGAAAGAGCUGAAGGGUGCAGUAGGACAGAUCACGGCGACUGACAAGGCUGUGCUGGCUGUGGAGCAGAACAAGGUCCUCAUCCCUCAGGCCUACAACAAGUACAUGGCCUGGGGCUUCGCUGACCUCAGCAUUCGCACUGGGACAUACGAGUCGGACAAGGCAUCUGGUGUGUACGAGGGCCUGCAGUGGGGAGAGGUGCUGUGUGCAGCCUGUCCUAGUGCCCGAGUGUUGAUCACAGGAGGGACCAGCACAGUGGUGUGUGUCUGGGAAAUGCCUGGGAAAGACAAGACCAGACAGCUGGUACUCAAACAGGCCCUGUACGGACACACGGAGCCUGUGACUUGCCUGGCGGUGUCGUCGGCGUAUAACGUGAUCGUGAGCGGCUCGCGUGACCGCACCUGCAUCAUCUGGGACCUGAACCAGCUCAUCUUUGUCCGCCAGUUACGGGACCACGCCGCGCCGGUCGCCGCGGUUUACGUCAACGAGCUUACGGGAGAUAUAGCAACCUGUGCUGGCACAUUCCUGUAUGUGUGGACCAUCAACGGGGAGCCCAUAGCCAGUGUCAACACUAUGACUACAGGACGCAACCAGCAGAUACUCUGUGUCUGUAUGUCUGAGUUAAUGGAGUGGGACGUGCAGAACGUGAUCAUGACAGGCUCCAGUGACGGAGUUGUGCGGAUGUGGAGUGUGGAGUUUGUACAGGUGCCUGACUCAGAGCUGGCUCUCGAGGAGGAGAAGUCAGACCAGGGGAAGGACACACUGGCUCUACAGGUGGUGGGGCCGGUCACUCGCCCAGUAACCGAUGAAGAUCUGGAGAGCAGCAACUCUGACGAUGAAUCGGUGACCUCCCAGGACACCAUCACCGCCGAGGAACCAACCAAAGAUCAGAAGCUGGAGGACAACAGAAGAUGGGCGGGCGCGGGGGGGAAGAUCUCGUUUGGAAGCGCCCUCCCUCCAGAACUGGUGGCCGGAGCUCCCAAGUCGGGAAGAGAUGCCGACAACAAUGAACAGAACACAACAGCCUCUGUAGCAGACAACUGGUCAUCUCCAGAAGACUUUGUUAUCGUAACGGACAAGGACGUGGCAGAAGCUAUCAAGUCGGUGAAACCUACCAAGGCCCAGGAGCCACACAAGUUACAAGACACAGCUGAAGUACAGAAAACAGUGGAGAGUCAGAAACCAGCAGAGCCUCAGCAAGUCACUAAUCAGAGAAAACACAGCGGACUCAGACCAGGUUUUAAAUGGCAGAGACAGCUGGUGUUCAGAAGCAAGUUGACCAUGCACACAGCUUACGACAGACGGGACAACCAUGAGCCAGCGGCUGUCACUGCACUGGCCACAUCCAAGGACCAUACAAGGGUGUUUGUAGGCGAUGCUCGGGGGAGGGUCUACAGCUGGUCUGUUGCCGAGCAGCCUGGUCGGGUGAUGACGGACAACUGGACCAAGGACGAGGGGGUGGACAGUUGUACGGCGUGUGGGCUGAGGUUCAGCCUCACCGAGAGGAAGCAUCACUGUCGCAACUGUGGGCAGGUCUUCUGUGCCAGGUGCAGUCAUUACCAGACGGAGAUCCGCAGCCUACGUAUCACGACCCCUGUACGCGUCUGCCAGGCCUGCUACAAGAUCCUGACUGUCCAACACGCCUCCGAGGCACUGGUCAAGACCGAGGCCGCCUGGUGGUGACACCAUCAUCAUCCCAACCUACCCACCCCUGCAGGGUAAUGGUUCAGUCUCAGUAGAUGGUGCAUGACUGCGAGUCGGACAAUUCCAUUUUAAUCCGAGAGGGUAGAAUUAAAGGAACCGGAAGUGAACUCAACUAAAUGUAUGAUAUUAACAGUGAUAUGAUUGUGAGUUCCUCUUUGUGUGUGAUUUUGUGUUAUACGGUCCAAAAUAGCUCUGGUGGACCCAACCAUUUCCUUGCCAGGGAUGAGUAGGGUACCCCAAUGAAAUUUGUAAAUAAAUAAUGUCCAGUCGGAAUAUUUGGAGACUGAAGAUUAACUUUUUGUGCUUGUAGAUUGUACUCUAUUUAUGCUAAGUGAACUUAAACAAUUAUUUGGGAGUAUAAUGAUAUAAUAUAGACACGAAAAAUGUCAGUAUUUCAAUUUGCCACUCUCAGCUUACAUGUAUUAGGGUGGCACAAGAAGUUGUUGUAAAAUUCUUCUCUAGAGAGGAUUAGUUUUAAAAGGGAACUAAAGUAGAAAUGAUGGCUUCCCUACAGCAAAUUAAAUCUGCACCCUUCCCUUCUUAGUAUUUCCUGGUGUUGUGUGUCCACUUAAGCCAAAUAUUGUCAGAAAAUGUGCAGAUGAAAAAGGAUAAUAAUUGAGUGCCCAUGCACUUGUACAUCCCUGAUACUAUUGAUAACAAAACUAAAGCAAAUUAUUAUUAAAGUAUAAACAAACCUUUCCAACAAAAUAGCAGUUGUUUUUGCAUAGAAAUCACAAAUACUUGUAAUCUGCAGUUGGAAAGUAAGUUACUAGGGGGCACAAUUUCCUUCUUGUUAGGGCCAAAAUGGAUUACAAAUUAAGCUUCUCGCCAUCAAACCCUACUAACAAAUGAACUAACACAGGUAAAAAAAAUAACCAUAGCCUCAAAUGACUACUAAAUGUCAGGAAAUACUUCUGAUUGGGAAGUUUCAGAUGUAGAAGUAGCAGACUAAACUGAGAGCACGGUGCGAUUCAAUUGUUUCAACAAAGAUUGUCUGUUCGGUCCCAUUUCAUGAACAACUUAAAUCUGUACCAGUUGUGUACAAAAUCCUUAAGUUUUGGCUUAACAAUUUAAGGUGUAUCUGCCACAAAGUCAUCAUAUUUGCUCUGCUGCUUGUUGUAAUACCUGAUAUAGUAUCUGGUAUGGAUAUCAGUGAGUUGAUUUGCAUAUAUACUUGUAGUUGACCAAUCAUAGCCCAGGGAAUUAAUUUAUGCAGAUUAUGAAGGUCAAAGUGCAGAUUUCCAUGUGACCUUUUCAAGGGCAAUGUUAUGAAAAUAGUAUACUAAGAUUAAGAAUUCAAGCAGCACAAUGCAAAGUUGUUAUUCUAGGUGGUGUUUGGAGUGUAAGUGUGAAUGCAUAGAUCAAGGAGCUAAAGUGUAACUUCACAGUACUUCCGACUUGUGUAAGAUAAUGUACAUGUAUAGUGCAAAAUUGCAACUUGUGUGUAUAUAGAUUGUACUCCACUAAUUUUAUCUAUUCAUGCUUUGCCCAUCGCAUUGCAGUCUUGGUACUGGUGUAGUCAUGUUGCUGGGUAGAAUUUGUCAAGUAUACUUGCAUGACAUAUAAAAGACCUGGCCAAAAGUUGUAGCCACAGUUUCUGCAUUCUGUUUUUUGAAAAUAGCAGCUGACUUGAUAAUAUUACAGUAUUAUUAAUUAUACUGCUGUUUCUCAAUUAAGCAAGAAUCUGCAAGUUGAAAAUACUAAAACCAGAAAUACAAGAGCCUUAUCUGUUUCAACAAAAACAAUGUCAAAUCUAAAGAAGCCUAUACCUGUAGACUAACUAACAUUUGGGUGAGGGGGUGCCUUACUGCAAACAUAAGGGAAAAUUCAGAUUCCAGAUUUUAGUUACGGAGAAGCCUUUUUAACUAUUUCUGAUUAUGAAGGCUUUUAUUUGUGACAGAAAACUUUCAAAGUACCUGUAUUAUGUUUGUUUGUUGUUGUUUUUUUGGUCUGUCACAAUCCUCAUUCUAUUUGUCAGAAAUCGCGAUUUCCUAUAUCUGACGAUUGUCCAAACUCUGCUGCCAGUAUGGCUAAAAUAUUUAUUUCCAGUUCAAACUAAUAUUCAGUGCUACAUGAUAGUUUAUAAGUAAGAUAUACUUUGCUUCAGGAGCAACUUGCAAAUUCUAAAGUUGUCUUCUCUAUUUAUUGGUAGAUAGAAGAAACAACAUUGACAAUGGCUUCCAUGGUCACAUAGCAAAUAUGCUGGUACUGAAGAAGUUUCUAGUGCAUUACAAACAAUUUUUCAUAUUAAUAAGCUUUUAUUAGACUAUGCUGCAAUUAUGUACUCGUUACUCAUGUUUGUAUUUACAAAACUAUAAAUAUGUAUUCAGUUCUAUGUACAAUACUAUUAUGUUAUGUAGUUAUGAUUCAUGUAUAUUUUGUAACAUACAGACUUUGUGUGUCAAUGUUAUUUACAUGCACCAGAUCAUAUUUACUAAGAUGUUAGACUUAUGUACAGUUAUUAAGUGUGAUGUUCCAAAAAAGUUAGUUCCCAACUUUACUUGGUGCUGGGCAUCAUUUGGAUAUACAUGUAUUUAAGUUGUUUUUUCUCAGAAUGUCAGUAUUGACGUUAGUCUUUACCAUAUGGUAUAGUAUGAUAUUUCCUAGACCAAAUGAUAACUUUUCUUUCAGUGAAAGUUUAGUCAAUAUUCAUGGAUGGAAAGAUUAAAAUUAAUGGGUGAGCGUCAACUCUCUAAAGGGAAAAAACACUUUAUUGUUAUUGUUGGAAAUUUUAAACAGACCCUUACAAGUAUAACAUUAACUUAUAGGAUGUAACAUUAUCAACAUAGGAUAGUAUUUGUCAGUAUUGUUUUCUUCAAACAAUUGUACAAGCUACAUGGACAUCAUGAUUAAGAUGGGCAGUAGAAGUAUGGAACGUUACAGGCAUCUAUACAAUUUCAUGGCGAAAGGAAAAAUAUUCAUGGAUGACAAAAUCUGUCUGAUAUUGACAUUUAAUGCCAUUACUUGAACUUUUCUCUUGGUUAUGUUUCUAUCCCCCAUUUAUUUCUAAUAUUGUAUAAGCUCUGCCUUACACUGUAGAGUUGAGAGUAUUUAUUUUGAUGUGAGGUGUACAUUCAUGUACCUUCAUGUCACGAUUUUUCAUGUAAAUGUUGAGUAUCAGAGAUCAGUUUCUGCACAGAGACGAUGCAAACAUAGAGUUAUACGAUUUUCUUUUGUCACUGUGAAAAAUGUCAUGACCAGGUUAAACCCCCUUUCCAUUGGGCAGAGCAACAAAAAGUAGAUUUGCGACUCUUGGUUUUAUCAUUGGGGUAUGAUGCAAGAUAUAAAAGGCAACAAAAUGCACAAAACGUAAAAUAUUUGUUCUUAAUCUGUGAAAUUCAUUUGAGUGAUCAGUCAAAUCUUUGCUUGCCAGUAGAAAGGGGGUGUAAGAAAUCUUACAACUUGUCUCAAUCGUUUUCUGUGAAUGCAAAUGAAAAACGAAGUGCAACAAAAUGCACAAAAUGUAAACGAUUUGUUCGUAAUUUGUGAAAUUCGUUGACUGAUCUGUCAAAUCUUUGGUCACCAGUGGAAAGGGGAUGUAAGAAAUUUUACAACUUGUCUCAAUCGUUUUCUGUGAAUGCAAAAUGGUGAAAAAGGAAGUGCAAGAAACGUUUACCCGUGUGUAGUAUGAUAUUGCCCCGGAUGCGUUGCUUGAAGCCCUGUACAGUACUGUACUUACUGGUAGUAGUAAGGCUAUCAUUGGCUGGUGUUACAUAAUGAAGAAAUCAGGAAGAAAUAAACAAUGC